AAACAAUAAUAAUUUAAAGGCCAUCGUUUGGAGCUUCUCUACUUCUCCAACGUUCUCCCCCCACUUGAGUGACACCUAAGUCGGAAUAUCUCAUUUCAACCACCAGCACCAGCACCACCUCCUCCGCCACGCUCGCCACCGCCAUCGUCGCGGAAGAGAGCUCCAGCGAGUCGCGCAAUCGAGGAAGAAGCAUCCCAUCAAUUGCCUGUCCCGCCGGCCUCAAUUUCAGAUCUCCAUUGCUGGCCUCUGUCUCCAGUUCAUCAAGUCCUCACCGCUUACUGCCGGAGCUGCAUUUUGUCCGUGUUCAUUUGACUGCCGGAGAUGGAUAAACGGAGUUGGCCGUGGAAGAGGAAAUCUUCAUCGGAUAAGGCAGCGGCCGAGAAAGCCGCGGCUCUAUUAGACUCAGCUGCUGCUGCUUCAGCUCCAGCUAAACCACAGAGCGAUCAGGAAAAUUACAAAAAACCAAGCUAUGUUCAAAUUUCUGUUGAGCAAUAUUCUCACUUAUCUGGUUUGGAGGAGCAAGUACGGUCUAAUGAAGAACAGAUUCAGACAAUGGAAGAGCAUAUGAAGGAAUUGGAUGAACAAUUGACUUCUGCCCAUGCGGAGAUAACUGCGAAGGACAACCUGGCGAAGCAGCAUGCCAAGGUUGCUGAGGAAGCAGUUUCAGGCUGGGAAAAGGCUGAAGCAGAAGCCUUGGCAUUGAAGAAUCACCUAGAGUCUGUAACACUUUCUAAGCUUACUGCUGAAGACCGUGCAGCGCAUCUAGAUGGGGCCCUCAAAGAAUGCAUGAGACAGAUACGGAAUCUGAAGGAAGAGCAUGAACAGAAGUUGCAGGAUGUUGUUCUCACUAAAACCAAGCAGUGUGAAAAAAUUAAGCAUGACCUAGAAGCAAAAAUAGGUAAUCUUGACCAAGAACUCCUCCGCUCUGCUGCUGAAAAUGCGGCGCUAUCAAGGUCUUUGCAAGAGCGCUCAAACAUGCUUAUCCAAAUAAGUGAGGAAAAAUCACGGGCUGAGGCCGAAAUAGAGAUUUUGAAAAGUAAUAUUGAGUCAUGUGAGAGAGAAAUAAAUUCGCUCAAGUAUGAGCUUCAUGUGGUCACGAAAGAGCUUGAUAUCCGAAAUGAAGAGAAGAACAUGAGCGUGAGGUCCGCGGAAGCUGCCAACAAGCAGCACAUGGAGGGUGUCAAAAAGAUUGCUAAGCUAGAGGCAGAGUGCCAAAGACUACGUGGUUUAGUGCGCAAGAGAUUGCCAGGUCCUGCAGCUCUUGCCCAGAUGAAGUUAGAGGUGGAGAGUUUAGGGCGAGAGUACGGAGACUCUAGACUGAAGAGGUCUCCUGUAAAGCCUCCCAGUCCUCACCUUUCUCAUGUGGCUGAUUCUCUUGACAGUGUGCAGAAGUUCCACAAGGAGAAUGAAUUCCUAACAGAACGGUUACUAGCCAUGGAAGAGGAGACAAAGAUGCUUAAAGAAGCUUUGGCAAAGCGUAACAGCGAAUUACUGGCCUCGAGGAACAUGUGUGCUCAGAUGACCAACAGGCUUCAGAUGCUGGAAGCACAGCCACAGUUGAGCAGUCAAGAUAAAAGUUCACCUAAAUCUGUCGUCCGGAUCCCAGCUGAUGGUUCCUUAAGUCAUAAUGCCAGCAAUCCUCUGAGCUUGACAUCCGUGUCAGAAGAUGGAAACGAUGAUGCGAGGAGUUGUGCUGAGUCGUGGGCCACUAGCUUGGUCUCCGAUGUCUCUCAGAUUAAGAAGGACAAGGGCCCUGGACGAUCAAACAAAGUUGAUAGCGUGCAUGACUUGGAACUUAUGGAUGACUUCUUAGAGAUGGAGAAGUUGGCAUGUUCAACAGCAGAUUCAAAUGGAAUCACCUCCAUUGGAGAUGGUUCUGAAAGUAAGGCGGAAGAGAUCAUCAGUAGCAAAGGCCGAGCAUCCCUGGAAAAUCAGGAGUCUUUGGGUGUGGAACUGUCAGCUGUGAAUCAUGAAGAUCAGCUGCCAUUGAUGAAGUUGCGAACCAAGAUCUCCUCAAUAUUUGAGUUGAUGUCCAAGGAGAAUGAGAUAAGGAAACUUUUGGAUGAUAUCACUCAAGCUGUGCAGGAUGCAUCUCAGGAUUUGCAGGAGAGCUCUAAGUCAAAUGUGAAUGGAUAUGCUGGACCUAAUUGCAAUACGGAAACUUGUCCUGCAGAUGUGGACAUUAGUGCACAGAAGGAGGUCGGUUUGGCCCAAGAUGUUAAGCUACCCUCAGAGGUUGUUCAGACAAUUAGCCAAGAUUUGGCUUCUGCUAUUUCUCAUAUUCGUGACUUUGUACUGUUUCUAGGCAAAGAAGCUACGGCAGUCCACGUCAUAUCUCCUCAUGGUGAUGCACUAAGACAACAAAUUGAGGAGUUCUCUGCCACCUAUGACAGAGUUCUCUGUGGUAGCAUGGGUUUGUUAGACUUUGUUCACGAGCUUUCACGAGUUUUAACUAAGGUCAGUGAGCUUAAAUUUAACAUUCUGGGCUACAAGGGUGCUGAGUCGGAAAUUAACAGUCCCCAUUGCAUAGACAAGGUUGCAUUGCCUGAGAAUAAGGCGGCUCCUCAGGAUUCUUCAAUGGAGUGCUAUCGCAGCAGCUCUGUCAAUAUCUCUGAUCCAACCUCUAAUCCCGAGAUUCCAGAUUGCGGUAAUUUAGUCUCAAGUUUUGGAGAGGCUGCUGUGUCAUGUAAAGUCUCAAUGGAGGAUUACGAGCAACUGAAGUCAGAGAAAGAUAACAUGGCUCUAAAUUUGGCUAGAUCAACGGAGAAUCUGGAGAUGAUGAAGUCUCAACUACGAGAGACUGAGCAGCUGCUCGCGGAAGCUAAAUCGCAGCUCGCAUCUGCUCAAAAGUCAAAUAGCUUGUCUGAGACUCAGCUAAAAUGUAUGGCUGAGUCAUACAGGUCUCUUGAAGUGCGUACACAGGAAUUAGAAACUGAGGUGAACCUUCUGCGAACUAAAACAGAGACUUUGAGCAAUGACCUUGAGGAGGAAAAGGUGAAUCAUCAGGAUACUUUGACCAGAUGUAAAGAUCUCGAAGAGCAGUUAACAAGGUUGACUUCUUUGCCGGAGACUGAAGCCGACCUGCAAACCAAACAGGAGAGAGAGCUAGCAGCUGCAGCAGAGAAGUUGGCAGAAUGCCAAGAGACCAUAUUUGUUCUCGGGAGACAAUUGAAGGCGCUGCAUCCCCAAGCAGACCUCAGUAGAACGUCAAUUGGGGGAGGGAGCCAAAAGGGCGAGGAUGAGCCCACAAGUAGCAGCGACAAACUGCAAGAACUCGAUCAUGGAGAGCUGGAUGGUGCUGAUUCGUCCAACCCAGACCUUCUCAGUUCCCUAUGGAGCCAAUCCGAUGCCGAGCCAGACAUUCUGAGAUCUCCUCCAGCCAAUGCCAAGAAUUCGAAGCAUAGGCCUUCCUUGUCAGGAUCCUCAUCUUCCUCGUCCACUACGACGCCCGAGAAACAGUCAAGAGGGUUCAGCAGAUUCUUCUCCUCGAAAGGGAAGAACAGUCACUAGGUCUUCGAGAAUUUGCAGAGCAUAUAUAGAGAUGUUUCCUCGGUUGGAAAAGAGAUGGGACCUCCCCGGUCCAAUUUGUUAUGUUAAUAUUAUUAUUCCUUAAAGGUUCAACUGCAGAAGUUGAAUUUCGCAUGGCUCCUUGUCGCGAUAAGCUGUUUAUUGACUACACGGAAGAAAGAGGGUUUUUUUUUUUUUUUUUUUUGCUUGCUAUAAGUUGUAACAAAGAGAGAUGCAUGAGCUCGUGUUUGUCAAUUGCUCCAAUCUUUUUUGCCUUCGAUGUAAUAUGGUUAAGUGAGCAGGACAUGAUUUCUAACUUC